AUGUUGACAAGCUUAUCAAUUGAUCAUACAUUAUUAAAGCCUGAUGCAACAUUAAAACAAAUCGAUCAAUUAUGUGCGGAAGCUAUUGAGAAUAAAUUUGCUACAGUGUGUAUUCAACCAUGUCAUGUGAAAUAUGUUGCCGAUAACUAUGCAGUACGUAUUUGUACUGUUAUUGGUUUUCCACUUGGUACAACAACAACUCAAACAAAAUUAUUUGAAUGUCAACAAGCAUUAAAUGAUGGUGCACAAGAUAUUGAUAUGGUUAUUAAUAUUGGUAAAGUUAAAGAUGGUAAUUUUGAAUAUGUUAAAAAUGAAAUUGAACAAUUAGCGACAUUAGUACAUUCAUCGGGUAAAAAUAAAAUUCUUAAAGUUAUUAUUGAAGCAUGUUUAUUAAAUGAUAAUGAAAAACAAAAAUUAUGCCAAAUUGUUGGUGAUGCUGGUGCUGAUUUUAUAAAAACUUCAACAGGUUUUUCAACAGGUGGUGCAACAUUAGAUGAUAUUAAAUUAUUACGUCAAUAUUCACCAAAAAAUGUACAAGUUAAGGCAUCUGGUGGUAUACGUGAUAGUAAUUUUGCAAGAGAAUUAAUACAAGCUGGUGCUACACGUCUUGGAACGUCAUCUGGCGUUGCCUUGAUGAAAGAUAUGCCAUCUACAUCUAAUUAUUAA